CGCAAGUUUAUUAUUGAUCGCUCCGAGUGAGUAGGUCACAUCGAAAAUGAGUCUCAAAAACGUGGCAAAAAUGUCUCAACGCGAGAAAUUCGAGUUGAUUAACUUGGAAGUGCGUACGUUUUACGAGUAUUGUAAAGAAGCUGGUAUGUCUGAUGAGGAGAUGGAUUUAAUAUGUCGUCCGCUGACGAAUGCGGUGCGCAAGGCCUCCAUAAAGAGGUGGACGAGGGUGUUUAUGUUCCUGGUGAUGGUUUUGGCUAUUGGCUACACGGUGAGCCAAACGGACACGUUUCAGUGGCACGCGUCGGCCGUGGCGAGGAUUGUGUUGAUAAAACUCCUGCCUAUUUGGGAUUGGACCCCGCUGUACUACAACAAAUGCCUGAUCGAGAGGUCCCAGCCCCAGAACUUGGACAACAAUUUCGUAUCGCCCGCAGAGUGUGUCGCUUGCGAGGCUAUAAAAACCAUCGACCGCGUGUCCGACGCGAGUUACAACACCGUGUUCAACCACCACCUGCUCCGCGGUGCGCCGGUCAUCGUGGUUGACGCUUACUACGACUGGUCCAACUCCCGAUCAGAGCUGAACCUGACCAGCCUUAUCACCAGCGACGACCGCCUCCGAGACUCCGUUCCUUGCAGAGUCCUCACAAAUAUCCGCCUUGGCCGCCAACCCAUGGACCUUGAAGAAAUCGUCUCCAGAAUCACCGACACCGACAUCCCUAGCUGGUUCGUCCACUUCCAAAACUGCGACAUCCGCGCCGUCAAAUCCUUCAGGAUCCUUGCUCCACGACCCUAUUUCCUAUCCCCACAUAUCCCCCCUUCGCAUUUCAACUGGUUGCUCCUUUCCAGAAACUACGAGACCCACAGAUACAAGUAUUUAGAACUCGAUGUCGGUCUGAUCAUCAUGUCUCAACUGAAAGGCAAGACUCAGGUCCAGCUGAAGCCUAGAGCGCCAUGCGAGGAUGACUGUUUCACUCUCCAUUUCGAUGUGAAUGAGGGAGAAACACUGGUCCUAGCAAACUCCCUUUGGGAGUUCGAAUAUUUACCCGGAAAAGGGGAGAACAUUGCUAUGUUGACGGAAACCGACUGGAUCGAGUCAUAAUGAAUUAAGUUAAACUAAAUUAAUGUUAUGUAGUUGUUCCAGUGAAUACGGUAUAACGCGGUACGUGUAAGCUAUUGCAAGAAUUGAUAGGAAACUUAAAUUGCACCCUUAGAAACGUUUACACUUUUUGAGGAUGCAAAUGUAAUUCUACUUACUGAUGAUGACGUAAAGUUAGGAUUUUAAUGUGUUUUGUUAUUAUACAUUCGUUUGUUAAUUAUUUAUUGCAGGGUUUCUUUAGUGUGACUAUGUUCGACCCUUGGGUAAGACCUAAAUUAAAUUGUGAAAGAAAGAAAACAAGGCAUUAUUUAAAAUAAGUAAUUUUAUUGCCAAAGCAAAAUAGUGAUAAGGGUUUGUUGAGCGAGACGAUUUCGUUCAUUAAGAGCGUAUAGAAAUAAAUCUUACAUACCUACUGCUGAAAACCCUGCUUUGUUAAAAUUUUGUUUUUUGUUGUUGUUCUAUGAAACAAAUUUUUUCAAAAGUAUACUCAUUUUACUUGAGUUACACAUCGAAUUGCGAAGGUUUUGAUACCAAAUAUAUCAAGUAUAUGUCACAUAUCACAGGCAUUCGAUGCGAGCUCCAUUCUUGUUACUCCUGUAUUUAAGGAUAAGGUAUAAACUAACACAACUCUAUAAUGUGCACGAUAUCAUAAUGUUAAUGUAAUGAGUGAAUUUUCAUUGUGGAUAAGUACCUCAGUAUUAAUAUAUUAUGUGAAGCAAAUUCAAGUUUUAUUUAAAAACCUUUAUUGCAAUAUCUAGUCGAUUCAAACUCGCGAGGCUAGUCAAUUGAAAUUACUUUCAUGAGCUACAAAAAUUUAAUUCUACAAAGAUAUCAAAUGCAACUCAAACGC